CACGUGUCUGUCGUGAGGGUUUACGGCACAAAUGGGCAAGGACGCUGCCAAGGAUGAGGCGCUCGAGCAGCGGCACAAUAUGUUGUCGCCGUUCACGGCGGGAUGGCAGAUGGUGAAGGUGGAGCCUCUCAUCAUCGAGAAAUCGGAGGGGAUUUAUGUGUAUGAUACGAAUGGAAACAAGUACCUGGACGCCCUUGCUGGCCUCUGGAACAAUGCGCUUGGAGGAAACGAACCUCGCCUUGUGGAGGCCGCGAAGAAGCAGCUCGAUGUUCUCCCGUACUACCACUCUUUCUGGAACCGUACUACUCCAGUCACGCUGGAACUUGCCAAAGAGCUUGUGGAGAUGUUCACGCAGGUUAAAAUGAGCCGCGUGUUGUUCACGAACAGUGGCUCCGAGUCGAACGAUUCCCAAGUGAGAUUGGUUUGGUACUACUACAAUGCCAUCGGGAAGCCCCACAAAAAGAAGUUUAUAGCACGAGAAAAAGCCUACCACGGAUCUACGUAUGCUUCAGCCAGUCUCUCCGGUUUGCCGAACCUUCAUAAAGGUUUUGACGCACCAGCAUCUUUUGUUGUUCAUACUGACUGUCCGCAUUAUUGGCGAAAUCACUUGCCUGGUGAGAGUGAGGAGGAUUUUGCCACGAGAUUGGCUGAUAAUCUGGAAAAGCUCAUCCUAAAGGAAGGACCCGAAAAUAUUGCUGCCUUCAUUGGAGAGCCUCUCAUGGCUGCUGGCGGUGUCAUGCCUCCUCCAGCUACAUACUGGGACAAGAUUCAACCCAUUCUUAAAAAAUACGACAUCCUCCUUAUUGCUGAUGAGGUUGUUUGUGCAUUUGGAAGGCUUGGAACAAUGUUCGGUUGCGACUAUUACAAUAUAAAGCCCGAUCUUGUUAGCAUGGCAAAGGCCUUAUCUUCCGCUUAUAUGCCCAUUGGAGCUGUUCUUGUAAGUGAAAAAAUAUCAGAUGCUAUCUUGAAGUUCAGUGACCAGCAUGGCUCUCUUGGCCAUGGAUUUACAUAUUCUGGACAUCCCGUUCCUUGUGCGGUUGCCUUGGAAGCAUUGCACAUUUACAAGGAGAGAGACAUUCCCGGACAUGUUGCAAAAGUAUCUCCCCACUUUCAGAAAGGACUGCAUAAACUAUCCAGCAGUCCAGUCAUCGGAGAGAUUCGUGGGACUGGUUUGAUCAUUGGAGUCGAAUUCAAAGACGGGAAGCGUCCGGAAAACACCUUUCCAGCAGACUGGGGAGUGUCAUCAUAUUUCGCAGAUAAGUGCAAAGAGGAAGGAAUGCUGGUGCGCAUCUCGGGAGACGCCAUCUUCAUGUCUCCAACGUUGACAAUCACAAUCGAAGAGAUUGACGAGCUCAUCACCAUGUUCGAGAAGGCACUCAAAGCCACCGAGAAAUACGUCGAGUCCAAGAAAAAAAGUGGAUAAACAUCAGCGGCCUCUGGAAUAAAAUGGCGUUUGUUUCAUUCUUUUCUUCUUUCGGUAAAGUGCUUUUUCUUUCU